AUGGCCCCGGGCCACCCCCGCGUCGGAGCGCAGCCGCUGCUGGUGUGCGGCCUCCUGGCCGCCGCCGUCGCCACGGGUCUGGUGUCCCCGCAACCCGGCGCACGCGCCCCCCCGGAGCCGCUGCCCGGAAAUGAGCUGCCCGCGGGCCCGGGCGAGGGCCGAGCCGGCCCUGCCACCUCCCCUGCUGAGCCCACCACCAAGCAGGCACACGCCGUGGACCCCCGGGACUCCUGGAUGUUCUUCCUGCAGCAGAGCGACAGGGGUGUCAACAGCAGGAGGAGGAGCCGAGGGAAGGCCAGGAAGCCGAAGCUGGGCCUGCCAGGCCCCCCGGGCCCCCCCGGCCCUCAAGGCCCCCCUGGCGCCAUUGUCACAUCAGAGGUGCUUCUGAGGGAGUUCCAGCAGCUGCUGAAAGAUGCCCUGCGGCAGCGGGAGGACGUAGACCCCGAGCCUGUGACCCUCCACCCGACCACCUCGGUCCCUGAGGACCUGGAGGAGGCGGCGGCGGCAGACAGCGUCCUGGCCCUGCUGACCACGCGCCUCAGGUCUGAGUCUCUGCGCGUCACUGCUGCUUUCUGCUGCCACCUGCACUGGGACACGCCGGUCGAGGGCCACUCGCUGCACCAGCUUGGCCAUUACCAAGUGCUCGUCACUGAGCACCCCUUCAGUCGUGGCCCAGGCCUGAACCUGACCAGCGGCCGGUACACAGCGCCAGUGGGCGGCUUCUACUCCUUCUCGGCAGCGCUGCACGUGGCAUUCGCCGUGGGGCCGAGGCCACCACUCGCCCGGGAUUACCUGCGCCUGCUAGUCUGCAUCCAGUCCCAGUGCCAACACCACUCCCUGGAGACCGUCGUGGGGCUGGCACACAGCAGUGACCUCUUCACCAUCGCCACUAGCGGGGUUCUGUUCCUGCAGUCUGGGCAGUACACCUCCGUCUUCGUGGACAACGUCAGCAGCGCCCCCCUCACCGUGUGCAGUGGCUCGCGCUUCAGUGCUGUCCUGCUGGGCGUCUGAGAGGC